GGACAACAUCCUAGGAAAACAAAGAUGACAGAAAUUGAACAAAAACCUAAACCUAAACCUAAACCCUGCAAUGCAAAGUUGAGCUUACAGUGAAGAGAGUUAGUAAAACAGUCGAAGCUGAAAGGAUAAUAGAUAGUUAGUAACAGCACCAUUCUUCACUAAUCAGAUAUGGCUUCCGCAGACAGUAGAAAGAGAUCUGUGGUUUUGGCUCUCUGCAAGUACCUUUCAUUGGAUCCUAGUGUUGUUCCAGCUGAAAUUUUAGACAGUGAUAUUAAGAGUCUUUAUUUGAAAAUCAAAGAGGCAUCUGGACAUGGAGUUGAUAACUCUGAUGAGGUUUUGAAGUGGGUAGCAUUUGCAGAAGCCUUCCCUGUUGCCAAUGAUGCAUGCUUUGAGAAUCUUAAGAGAUUAAACGAUGAAUUGUCUGGAAAUUCUGUGCUUCUGGGCAAUGGAUUGAAACCCUCUGAAGCUGAUGUUAUAGUCUAUUCAGUGGUUCAUUCUUCCCUGAUCAACCUUUCAGAUACAAACAAAGAAAACCUGUCACAUGUGUUCAGAUGGAUGGAUUAUAUCCAGAAUAAGCAAGAAUUUGUAGGUUUGUUUGAGAAGAUAUUGUUGCAGAAGCCUGGAUUUAAGCCUCCGGUGACAAAACCUGUCGGAGUCCUGGAAGCUGAUUUAAAAUCAAAGACUGACCAAAGCAUAAAGAAUGUCAAGUCAGAAAUACAACCAUCCAAGGAUAAAAACAAAGCUGAGGGAAAGCCAACAGCAGACAAAGAACCUACCAAACCGAAGGCAAAACCUGCUGAAAAAGAGGUGGCUGGGAAGGAGAAUGAAAUUAGCGUCAGUUUGCUUAAUAUCCAAGUAGGAUUAAUUUGCAAAGCAUGGAAGCAUCCAUCUGCAGAUAGCUUGCUAGUUGAGGAGAUAGAUGUUGGGGAGGCCAAAUUGCGGCAGGUUGUCAGUGGUUUGGCAAAGUACUUCAGUCCUGAUGAGUUGACGAAUCGUCGUGUUGUACUUAUAACAAAUGUCAAACCUGGAAAACUACGGGAUGUGGUAUCUGAAGGUCUGGUCUUAUGUGCUUCAAAUGAAGGGCCAACUGUUGUGGAGCCCUUGAUCCCUCCAGAAGGAGCAAAAAUUGGGGAACGCAUUUCUUUUUCUGGGAUUGAUGGAAAGCCUGAGGAUGUGCUAAACCCAAAAAAGAAACAGCUAGAGAAGAUAACACCGCAUCUUUUCACUGAUGACAAGGGGGUGGCCACAUUCAAGGGAAUACCAUUUAUGACGUCUGGUGGACCAUGCACAUCAUCCAUUCCCAGAGCAACUAUUAAAUAGUGGAGAGAUAUGGCCCAUCUCCACUGUUCAUUUGUUCUUCACCACUCACAUAUUUUUGGCACCACAAAAUAUUCAAUGUUUUGAUUACGUGAAUAAGACGUUACUAUCUUAUUUUGUUGCCAUGUUUAUGUUGCAGUUGCACUGCCGUCGUCUUAAAUGCUUCAAAUAUAAUCUUGAAUCCAAUGAUUCUUGAGUUUA